CGUCCAAGGUGAGAGUCUGGCGUUAUCUGAAGGGCAAAGACAUCGUCACUCACGAGAUCCUGUUGGAUGGUGGGAACAAGGUGGUUAUCGGCGGCUUCGGGGACCCGUUAAUCUGCGACAACCAAGUCUCAACUGGAGACACGCGGAUUUUCUUCGUCAACCCUGCCCCGCAGUACAUGUGGCCGGCCCACCGCAACGAGCUGAUGCUGAACUCCAGCCUCAUGCGGAUAACGCUGCGCAACUUGGAGGAGGUGGAGCACUGCGUGGAAGAACAUAGGAAGCUUCUUGCUGACAAGCCCAAUAGUUAUUUUACUCAGACGCCGCCGACGCCGCGAGAUGCGUGUCGAGGGAUGCUGUGCGGGUUCGGGGCGGUGUGCGAGAGGAGCUCCGCCGACCCCUCGCAGGCCUCCUGCGUCUGCAAGAAGACGUCUUGCCCCGUCGUGGUGGCUCCUGUCUGCGGCUCCGAUUAUUCCACCUACAGCAACGAGUGUGAGCUGGAGAAGGCCCAGUGCAACCAACAGAGACGGAUCAAAGUCAUCAGCAAGGGACCGUGCGACCCCUGUAAAGGCGUCCUCAACGACAUGAAUCGCGUGUGCCGGGUGAACCCCCGCAGCCGAAAGGCAGACCUGCUCUCCCGCCCCGAGAACUGUCCCCCAAAGAAGGAGCUGGUGUGCGGCGACGACGGGGUGACGUAUGACAACGAGUGCGUCAUGGCACGCUCCGGGGCUGUCCGCGGGCUGGAGAUCCAGAAGGUGCGGUCAGGGCAGUGCCAGCAGCAGGACAAAUGCAAGGAUGAGUGCAAGUUCAACGCUGUCUGCCUGAACCGCCGUGGCACCGCUCGCUGCUCCUGUGACCGCGUCACCUGCGACGGUGCUUACCGGCCUGUCUGCGCCCGGGACAGCCGGACCUACAGCAACGACUGCGAGCGCCGGAAGGCCGAGUGCCACCAGAAGGCUGCCAUCCCAGUAAAGCACCGUGGACCCUGUGACCUGGGCGCUCCCAGCCCGUGCCUGAGCGUGGAGUGCACCUUCGGGGCCACCUGCGUGGUGAAGAACCAGGAGGCCGUGUGCGAGUGCCAGCAAGUGUGCCAGGGCCGCUACGACCCCGUGUGCGGCAGCGACAACCGCACCUACGGCAACGCCUGCGAGCUCGACUCCAUGGCCUGCGUCCUCAAGAGGGAAAUCAAAGUGAAACACAAGGGGCCCUGCGACCGCUGUGGCAAGUGCCAGUUCGGGGCCAUCUGCGAGGCGGAGACGGGGCGGUGCGUGUGCCCCACGGAGUGCGUCCCCUCCGCUCAGCCCGUGUGCGGCACGGACGGCAACACGUACGGCAGUGAGUGCGAGCUCCACGUCCGGGCGUGCACGCAGCAGGCGAACAUUCUGGUGGCUGCCCAAGGGAGCGGGUGCUCAUCCUGCGGCAGCACGGUGUGCUCCUUCGGCAGCAAGUGCGUGGCUGGGCAGUGCUGCGGCUCGGGGGGCUCGGGCUCCGGCGACGGUAGCGAGUGUGAGCAGGACCGGUGCCGGCGGUACGGGGGCUGGUGGGACGAGGAUGCAGAGGAUGACCGCUGUGUGUGUGACUUCACCUGCCUGGCAGUGCCACGCAACCCGGUUUGUGGCUCUGAUGGUGUGACCUACGCCAACGAGUGUGAGCUGAAGAAGACACGGUGUGAGAAACGCCAGGAUCUCUAUGUCACUAGCCAAGGAGCCUGCCGUGCCCUUGCCACAACCCCGCCACCUCUCCUGGUUGUGCACUGCAGCCAGACCAUCUAUGGAUGCUGCCCAGACAACAUGACCUUGGCGCUCGGAGUGGGUGCAGCUGGAUGCCCAACCUGUAACUGCGACCCGGUGGGUUCAGUGCGUGACGACUGUGAGCAGAUGACUGGACUGUGCUCCUGCAAGACUGGUAUCACUGGCAUGAAAUGCAACCAGUGCCCCAACGGCAGCAAGCUGGGCAUGACUGGCUGUGAGAAAGACCCAUCAGCCCCAAAAUCCUGCGAGGAAAUGAACUGUGAGUUUGGGGCCUCGUGCGUGGAAGUCAACGGCUUUGCCCACUGCGAGUGCCCAUCCCCGCUCUGCUCGGAGGCCAACAUGACCAAGGUGUGUGGCUCUGAUGGUGUCACUUACGGGGACCAGUGCCAGCUGAGGACGAUCGCUUGCCGGCAGGGACAGGCCAUCACAGUGAAGCACGUGGGGCAGUGCCACGAGUCCAUCACUCACACAAGCCACACCUCAACACCCACACCUCUGCCCACGCUGCCUUUGGACAAGUUAAUCCUUCCUCCACCGCUGCGGCUCACCACCCGGGCUCCAGAGCCCACCGAGCUGGCUACCAGCACCCUGCUGUUGGAAGCCAGGCCUACGGAAAGAGGUCACCCUACGACAAGGCGCAUCACGACUGCCAGACCAGCCACCACGCCGUGGAUGACCCACGGGGUGUAUAAGACCACCGUCCGCCCUCUCUCCACCGCACCGGUGGUCCUGGCCACCACCCAGCCUACCUACGUUGGGUCAGGCAGUGCAGAAGGCAGUGGAGACCAAGAGAUGGGCAUCAGUGGAGACCAGGAAUCUAGUGGGGCAGGCUCUGCCGGGGAAGAGGAGGUGGAGGAAAGCCAGGUAUCGUCCACCCCAGCCGUCGAGAGGGCGACUUGUUACAACACCCCGCUGGGAUGCUGCUCUGACGGCAAGACUGCGGCUGCUGACGCGGAAGGCAGCAACUGUCCGGCUACCAAAGUCUUCCAAGGAGUCCUCAUCUUGGAGGAGGUGGAGGGCCAGGAGCUGUUCUACACCCCUGAGAUGGCUGACCCCAAGUCGGAGCUCUUUGGGGAGACGGCCAGGAGCAUUGAGAGUGCGCUGGAUGAGCUUUUCCGCAAUUCUGACGUUAAGAAGGAUUUCAAGAGUAUCCGUGUCCGAGACCUGGGGCAGAGCAGCGCUGUCCGUGUCAUUGUGGAGUCCCACUUUGACCCAGCCACCUCCUACACAGCAGCUGAUGUCCAAGGGGCCCUGCUGAAGCAGAUCAAAGCUUCCAAGAAGAAGACCAUUCUGGUGAAGAAGCCCCAGCAGGAGCAUGUCAAAUUCAUGGACUUUGGUGAGUGCCCUCUCUUGCCUCUCUGCUACCACGUCGCCCCAAAAGCUAGAGUGGCUUUCCCUGCUCCCAGAGAGGGUGGCAAAGCACCAGCCUCCACCUGCAUUCUGCUGCCUUUCAGACUGGAUCCCCCGGCUCUUCACCGACCCAGCGCCAAGACGUCGGGCGUCGUGAGCACCAGGAGACCCACCUCCGCCCUCCCUGCCACCACCCGGCGGAAGCCCACCCGCCAGCCACCCACCACGAAGAAACCCUCGCGACCCUGUGACUCCCACCCGUGCCUGCACGGUGGCACCUGUGAGGACGAUGGGACGGAGUUCACCUGCAGCUGCCCGGCGGGCAAAGGAGGAGCCGUCUGCGAGAAACCUAUCAGGUACUUCAUCCCCAGCUUUGGUGGCAAGUCCUACCUGGCCUUCAAGAUGAUGAAGGCGUACCACACCGUGCGCAUCGCCAUGGAGUUCAGGACUGUGGAGCUCAGCGGGCUGCUGCUCUACAACGGGCAGAACCGCGGCAAAGACUUCAUUUCCCUGGCGCUGGUCGGCGGCUUCGUGGAGCUCAGGGUGGCAGAUCGAACCACGGCCACAAGCGGGCUGAAGGGCUGCGUCCGCCUCCUCGACGUGAACAACCAGAUGUACGACCUGCGGGAGAAAGGCAGCGACGUGCUGUACGGCAGCGGGGUGGGCGAGUGCGGCAACGACCCCUGUCACCCCAACCCCUGCCACCACGGUGGCAUCUGCCACGUCAAGGAGGCAGAGAUGUUCCACUGCGAGUGUCUCGACACCUACACCGGCCCGACGUGUGCCGACGAGAGGAACCCCUGCGACCCGACGCCGUGCCACGUCUCUGCCACCUGCCUGGUGCUGCCGGAGGGAGGUGCCUUGUGCGCCUGUCCCAUGGGCCGGGAAGGAGACUUCUGCGAGCUAGUGACAGAGCAGGACCACACCAUGCCCUUCCUCCCGGAGUUCAAUGGCUUCUCCUACCUGGAGCUGAAUGGGCUGCAGACCUUCGUUCCUGACCUGGACAAAAUGUCCAUGGAAGUUGUGUUCCUGGCCAAGAACCCCAGCGGCAUGAUCUUCUACAAUGGCCAGAAGACAGAUGGCAAAGGGGACUUUGUCUCUCUGGCCUUACACGAUGGCUACCUGGAGUACAGAUAUGACCUGGGCAAAGGGGCGGCUGUGCUCAGGAGCAAAGAGCCUGUUCCCCUCAACACCUGGGUCAGCGUCUUGUUGGAGAGGAAUGGGCGCAAGGGGGUAAUGAGGAUCAACAACGGCGAGAGUGUGAUGGGAGAGUCACCGAAAUCCCGUAAGGUGCCUCACACCUUCCUGAACCUGAAGGAGCCGUUUUAUGUGGGGGGAGCCCCUGAUUUCAGCAAGCUAGCUCGAGCAGCUGCCAUCUCCACCAGCUUCGAUGGAGCCGUGCAGAGGAUCUCCGUCAAGGGGGUGCCAGUGCUGAAGGAGCAGAACAUCCGCAGCGCCAUGGAGAUCUCCCCCUUCCGAGGCCACCCCUGUACCCAGAAACCCAAUCCCUGCCAGAACGGAGGCACUUGCAGCCCCCGGCUCGAGAGCUACGAGUGUGCCUGCCAGAGGGGCUUCUCCGGGGCUCACUGCGAGAAAGUGAUCAUCGAGAAGGCUGCUGGAGACGCAGAGGCCAUUGCUUUUGAUGGUAGGACAUAUAUGGAGUACCACAAUGCCGUGACGAAGAGCCACCUGAGCAAUGAGAUCCCCGCUCCCGAAGCGCUGGACUAUCCCGCGGAGCCCAGCGAGAAGGCCUUGCAAUCAAACCACUUUGAACUGAGCAUCAAAACAGAAGCCACUCAGGGCCUGAUCCUGUGGAGCGGGAAAGGGCUGGAGCGAUCGGACUACAUCGCCCUCGCCAUCGUGGAUGGCUUCGUACAAAUGACCUACGACCUCGGCUCCAAGCCAGUCGUCCUACGGUCCACGGUCCCGGUCAACACCAACCGGUGGAUUCACAUCAAAGCAUCCAGGGUACAGAGAGAAGGUUCCCUUCAAGUCGGCAACGAAGCCCCCAUUGCUGGCUCUUCCCCGCUUGGUGCAACACAGCUGGACACAGAUGGGGCCCUGUGGCUGGGGGGAAUGGAGAAGCUGAGCGUGGCUCACAAGCUGCCCAAGGCCUACAGCACUGGCUUUAUUGGCUGCAUAAGGGACGUGGUUGUCGACCGCCAAGAACUGCAUCUGGUGGAGGACGCUUUGAACAACCCCACGAUAUUACACUGCUCAGCCAAAUAGACCCCCAGGGACCCUUCCUUCUCCUUCCCUCCCUCCUGCCUAUUGCUGUAAUUAUUUUCUAUUUUUGUAAACUUAUUGCUUUUUAUAUUUUGGGGGGAGGGGGGAAAGGGAGGGGAGGAAACACCUUUUCUUUUGGGUUAUUUGUUCGGUUGCAGUCUAUCCAGGUCAGUCAGACUCUAACGAAACAGCAGCAACAAAGAACAAGCCUUGAACCAAGACUCCAAGAAGUGGCAGAAGAACUUCCCCAUUGCACCUGCGUUGUAAAUCUUCUUCAUACUUGAAGCUUCUUUUUUUUUGGGUUAUUUUUCCCCCUCCUUACUUGUGUUCUUGGGUUGUUGUUGGCGCCUGCGGGGGAAAGGAUGCAGCUGCUGGCAAGC